UCCAACGCCGACGCUUUGGCUUCACUUCACUUAAUUUUUUUUUUUUUGAAUGUGUUUCAACCACUUUUGCACACAGCCGAACGACGCUUCAGUCGUCAUAAAAAACAAAAUCUAAUCUAAUUUGGUCGACAAUACAAACGCACUUUUUCGCUACGCAUUGCUGAGGUGCGUGUGCGUUUAAGAGAGCGAAACAUAAAAAGCGAAAAAACAAUUAAAGCAACAAAAAACAACGCGUGGAUCAAUUCAAACGUGCGUGCGUCUGUACUAGUGAGUGUGCGUGGGUACCUGUGUGUGUGUCUACAGUUGUUGCGCUCAAAUAAGAAAAAAAAAUAAUAUAGAAGGAAGAAAAUUUACACAGCAUAGACAAGAUUGAAAAAGAGAGAGAGAGAGAGAGAAAAGAAAUAAAACCACAAAAACGCGCGCGUGUUCAUUUAAUUUGUCUUUCGUAAUUUGGUUCAACAAGAUAAAAGCAUUUCCCUAUGAUUGGCUCAUUCUGGAAUCUGUGUAGAGCGUGCCCAUCAAUGCCGGUAGACAAGCUCCAUUCGGAGUAUCGGAGCACUUAUCGUUGGCAUGAAUUUACGGGCAAUUCAAGGCCAGAGGUUGUGCGACGAGCGCCACAGCCAAAUCCGAGUCAAUUUGUUGGUCCAACGAAUGAGCCACCAUUGCCGCGCCGGAAAAAAUGUCCAGAAUUAGCAUAUAAAUCGCACGAGUUUAUUAUAGGAUCGGAAUAUACAGAUGCACGCCGAGAUGCGAGCGCCCAUCGCCUGGCGAGGUCGGAGGAGCGAGGCACGCCUUCGCGUCGCAGCAAAUCGGAAGGACCACCCGUUGUGCCCAAUGGACGCGCCUAUCCCAUUGCAACGGAGGUCGAUGGAACCAGAAGUAAACAGGCGGCUACUCUACAUGAGUUGGAGCCUUUGGUUAGCGAUACGGAUGAUAGAAAAACACACGAGAAGCAAGUAACUAUUGUGGAGCGUAAGAUUGCGGCACGUCCUUUCUCGCAAACAAUCGAUCAGGAGCGUCUGAAUCACUUCAUCACGAAAAGGGAGAACUUUGGCUUCGCCGAUGCCAAGGAUGAGUUGGACAAUAAGCACCAGCCACACCAGCAGGCCGGUGGUCAGUUGGUGGUCAUGAAUGGCACCGCACCGCCGCAAUCGAAACCGAACUUGGAUUUGUGGUUCAAAGAGAUGGUUGAGAUGCGCAAGAAGGCCGGCGAGUAUAAGUGUCGCGGCUGGGGCAUAGAAAUUGAUCCCGAAUUGUAUAAGAAACAGAGGGAUCUUUGGGAUCAGGUUUCAAAGCGUAGCUCGCUAUCAGCACUGUCUUUAGCUACUACCGUGCACAGACCUAUAACCAAGGAGGAGAAGGAGCAGGAGAAUAAUAAGAAAUCCACGCCAUUGCAAAAGCCACAAAAGCCACGAGUUCCUGGCCAAGCCUAUUUGAUUGAUAAUAAGGAUGAGAUAUCAGCACUGCCAGCACGUUUUAGUAAUAUACGCCAUCACUUGGAACGCACCACAGGCCCAGAUGUGGAGGAGGGUGCACUGUUGCCAUCGCCAACGCGCGAAAAGCUAAUGCCUGCUAUAACCAAACGUGAGUCGGAGUCUCAACGUGGCAGUCCCAAGAAGACGGCCGUGUCACGCCAUGGCUCGCCCCAGAAGGGUAGUCCACAGAAGGGCAGCCCCAAGAAAGUACUUAAAACACGCUCACAAUCGGUGGGUCCUGGCGUCGUUGAGAAUGAAUCACCCAAGCGCCAGAUACGUUCGGCGAGUCAAGCGCCCACCGCUCGCAAAAAGACACCGACAUCGGCGACCUCAGCAGCCUCGGCCGGAAGUGAACGUAAGGCACGCCCAUCCACCCUAUCCACAACAAUCCAUUCCCGUAAUAAAAGUAGUUCCCUACCACCGCCUAACGGUAGAGUAGCCGCAACAUCGACAACUGCAGCUCCAGGCCGCGCAGCUACCACUACAACAACAACAACAGCAGCAGCAGCAGCAACAACAACAACAGCAGCAUCAGCGACAGCAACAGCAUCUAAAGCUACUGCUAAUCAGCUUCAUGCUAAUCAAUCACAAACAUCACAAAGCAAGACCAACAGCAAAAUUAAUAAAUCAUCGCCAUACAAAAGCGCUCAGCAACAACAACUGCAACAACAACAAAUGCGUAAGAAAGACAAAGAUAGAUCGAAUAUUAGUUGCAUUGGUAUGGGUAGUAAUGUUGGUGCUGGUAGUGGUAGUAUUGCAAAUAGUGCGAAGCAUCAGCAGAAUAAGCAAAAACAACAACAACUACAACAACAGCAGCAACAACAACAACAACAACAACAACAACAACCAAAAUCAGAGCAACAAAAGCAGCAGCCGCAAACUAAAACCGCAACAGCAGCUGCAUCAGCUGUUACUGCCACUGCAACAGCAACUGAAGCAGAAGCAGCAGCAGCAGCAACAACAACAACUUUGGCAACAACAUCGGCAACAACAAAUCCGGCCCGUCCUGCCACCAUCAACAUCAAACGGCUAACGGUACCAGGUCAGGAUAAAAAAUUGGCUGAAAACGAGGGCGAGGAUGGUCGAGAGACUGCAAUUUCAAUUUCCAGCUGCAGUCCACAGCCAGUGCCCGAGGUGCCCGAUGAGCCAUUGGUGAAAUCGCCACCGGAGCCCACAAGGGUUAAGAGUCCUGAGCAGAUUAUAAUGCGCUCGCCCGAUCCAGUUAACUGGACGGUACCCUUGGACACAGGAAAGACAUUCACUGUGACACAGAAUGUCAAAGAGGGUGAGAGCUAUAGCCGACCACAGAGCGAGAUUAAAGCGUCGACACCAGUGGAAAAACCACCACCGCCACCACAAUCGGCACCGCCACAACUAACCGAACAGGCUAAAAUGGACGCCUGGAAAAAGGACCUGCUGAGCAGCAGCGGCUGCAGUCCGACCACAAGCGCCGCUGCCUAUGGCAAAACUUUAACGCCUUAUGCCCAGGGCCCCCAACCGGGCGGCGCCGUGCGCUGCGAUACGUCCAAGUUGGCCGGUGAGGGAGUUAUCGACGCCAUCGCGACCACCACCACAACCACCUCGUCCUCGUUAUCGACGGCGACCACCACAAACACGGCAUCGACUGCACGCACCACGGCCGCCGAUGUGCUGGAAAAGGCUCGUGACCGUUUCGAUCGCUUUUGGGGGGGCAGCAGCAAUAAGGAAGAGAAUGUCUAAAUUGCGAUUGUUUCUCAUUUUUCUGUAAUUGUAUUAUUUGGAAAAAUGAUUCCACAACAACAACAACAACAACAAAAUAAAAACAAACAAAUUUGCGUGUUUUCAAUGCAAAUUGUAUUUGAAAACCCAAUAACACAUACUAUAUGAGCAAAUACUUAUAUAUGCGAGUACGAUUUACUAAGAAAAUGCCGCCUAAAGCAAACAAAACAAAACAAACUCAAAUACACACACCCAAUAAUAACAGCAUACAUAGACACAUACACAAACAUUACUCUUAUAAUCCUACAAAGUAUUUACAGUUGGUCAUUUAAAAGGU